CUGGUAUUUUUGCUAUAUUUCCCUGUUUAAAUUCCUGUCUAUAUUUAGUAUAUAGAUUGUUAUACAACCUGUUAAUUUACAGUCAUGUAAACCCUUGCAGGUGGGGGCUACAGACUGUCAAUACACCCUGUGUGUUGAUACUGACAAUACACACGCUGUGGGAUGAUACACACGUAGGUGGCCAUGAGGGGAUUGAUUUGCUGUAGCAGUUGGGAUUUAGCGUCGAGGGCAACAGACUGGUCGCCUCAUUUCUGACGUAUCUCCUGAUCUUCACAAAUGGAGCUCCAGGGUUUCCGUUACCAGGGUAUUACCAUCCUGUUAGGGGGACUCUGACAUCAGGGCAUCAGGCCAGAAUAAGAUAAGGGAGACCCUGUUACCCCUUUUCAGCUUACAUUCGUGUGUCAGUGCCUUUAGUGUAUUGCCGGCAACAGUAGUGGAAGAUUGGUAUGGGGAAGGGGCCGGAAGGUGUCUAUUUUAUUUAACCUUUAUUUAACUAGGCAUGUCAGUUAAGAACAAAUUAUUAUUUAGAAUGACGGCCUAACCCGGACGACGCUGGGCCAAUUCUGCGCUGCCCUAUGGGACUCCCAAUCAUGGCCGGAUGUGAUACAGCCUGGAAUCGAACCAGGGACUGUAGUGAUGCCUCUUGCACUGAUAUGCAGUGCCUUAGACCGCUGCGCCACUCUGGUACCACAUUAUGAAUCAUAAUACCCAUAAAACAUAGCGGUCAAAUAAGGAAAUGCUUCCAACCGUUUGUUCACCAUUCAUUUCUCCCCAUAGGGGAUUUUAGAAACACUUCAAAUAAGGGUUGUGUUUCAUGUAGGCUUACCCUUGUGUGACUUUUCAAUAACUGUGUAAAUAUCUGUAGGACAAGGUAACACCAAUAUAUUUGCCUGUAUUUAGACCCCAAAAAUGCUAAUGUGGCUAUCAUAAAGAACUACAAACGCCAUGAUGAUCUGGAUGAGACUGCCGAGGCAAAGGUAAGAAUAUCAGGAUUAACUAUCUAAUGUUAGUUACAUUUAGUAAUUAAUAAAUUGGCAAAUUGUCUUUUAAAUUGACAGUUCAGAGAGUACAGUAAUAUGUUUCCCCUCAAAGAAAAGUGACUUGUUUAAAUAUGAGAUGAGGGCAAGCAGUUCAACACAGGUAGGUCACAUUCACCAUUUUGGGCAGUAUAUUAUGGUCUAUUAUGACAUCACAACCACUUAAGUGUUUGAGAUUCUAGAAGUCUCAUUAUAUGUGAACCAAUUAUGAUGUCACAACUGAUCAAUAAAUUCUAAAUGUUCUGUUUGAACAUUCUGGCGCCUGAUUGCUGAAAAUAGAACACUAGUAUCCAAGACAAGCUAGCAGAUUCCUCCUGAGAUAUAGUUAACAAAGUAGAUCACCAUAAAAUAUAGAAAGUGCUACUAGACGAACACUUAGUUGCAGAACCAGGUUAGAAGAAGGCCACUGUCAAUCUCCUUGAUGAUGAGGAGAUUCUUGCAGCCGCUACAGGAAGAUAAUGCCUUAACAGGGAACCUUGGAGCUGCCAGUAGCAACUCCAUUCAGCCUGCCCUGCCAUCUCAACCCAAGGCCACUGAGAAGCUUCCAGCGCUCAAACAAAACAUUUUAAACACCUCCAGAAUCCCAGAGUUGACUGAAGAAAGAAAGGGUGCUCUGCAGCGACUUGCCAGUUUGAAGGCUGUGGAAAAGAAACCACAUCCUCCCUCCAGAAUCCCAGUACUGCAGAAUAAGAGGUCCAUCUGCAAUGGGAAGAGUCAAGGACUGCAUGUAGCUCCAACAUCUCAGCAGUCAGGGAAGGCUACUGUUCCUCCCAUCCGGAAGCCACUGCAACCCAUCCGGACCAAGAGGGAUCAAACCUGCGUGGUGAAAGACAUCUACCUCCAUAGCGCCAAGCCAUUGAAGGCAGUCCAUGGAGCCAAUAUGGUCACCAAGAUGCCACUGCCUCCCAUUAGAGCCAGAGUCACUGUUGCAAACAAUGAUGCCAAGAAGAAGCCAUUCCAGCCAGUCAGACCAGAGGGCAGCCCUCGUCCUGCUGCUUCAAUGUACCGAAGGCAGGUUGUGAAGAAACAUGUUCAGUUCAAGACUCAGGCCCUAACUGUACAGGAUCUACCGCCAUGCCCCGAUGAGAUGGUAUGGGACGUCUUUAACGCAGAGGCUGAGCAGGUGAUGGCAUAUAUGAAGGCCAAGCUGAUCAGUGUCACCCAAGAACUGAAACUGAUGAAGAGUGGGGCCAAGAUGGAUGCUCAGGCUUUGGAGGAGAAAAAGGCAAAAGAACGGUUGAGAAAAAAGGUGGAGAAGUUCAUCCAGGAGAUCUGCCUGAUGAAGGUGGAUUCUGACCUAUGGGAGAUGAUAAGAGAUAAUGAAGAAGAGGAAGAAAGGAGUAAAGAGGUGAGGAGAAAUGGAGAAGAAAGCAGUGUGGCUAGUAAGCCAAAGCAGACAGCCAAGAGAUACACUGUGAGCAAGCCAAAGGAAGUCAAGAAGGGUUUGAACAUGGAAGAGAAAAAGGAGGACAGACAGGUGGAGUUGAAACGUCGAUUUGGGAUGAGUGCAGCCAACUCCAAGCUGAAGCAGUGUGAGCACUGCGGCCGGUGCUUUGAUCCUAGUCGCCUGGAGAAACACAGUGAGAUCUGUGCCAAGCUCUCCUCCAAUUGCUCUAGACGGGGGGUUUAUGACUCUACCAAGCACCGGCUCCAAGGCACUGUACUGGCUGGCUACGUGAAGCGAUCCGUAGUGUGAUACACCAAGGGACCUGAGUCUGUCUCUCUUUUGGAUUUUGGAUUGAACAGACAGACAAACACUGACUGCUAAACCACCUGCUGCCCAAAUUAGGACUUCUACCUUGGAAUCUGUGAGGGUUCCAAUAAGAGGCAGUACUACUAGGAGGCAGUAUUGUAUCCAGAAACAUCUAAACCAACAGCGUUCAGCAGUUCCUCUAAUCUACAGAAACCCCUAUAUAAAACACCUCAAUAAAAUAAAAUCCAAACACUCA